AUGGAGCGCGUGCUGGGCCCGUACCUGCGUGGAGGCGGCGCGCGCUCCUUCAACUUCCAGGCCCUCUCGCAGGACCUCCUCGCGGCCACCCUGGAGAUCCCCUUCUCGGUGCCGCCCUACAUGAGCCUGCUCGCCAGGGCUGUCGCCACUUUGGAGGGCAUUGCGCUGCUGGGUGACCCCCAGUACCAGAUGGUGGCCCAGGCCUACCCCUUCGUUGCGCGCAAGGUGCUGCGCAACGACAGCAGCGGCGCGGGGCAGCUGCUGCGCGACAUGCUCUACGACUCACAGGGCCAGCUGCGCCCUGCGCGGCUGUCGGCGCUGCUGCAGGUGAAACGCGCUCGCACACGCGCGCGCUGA